AUGAGACAUUCAUUACUGCUCGGCGUCGCAGUCGCCUUCCUUGGUGCUGUGCAAGGUUCUCUGUUGGAGUUCGCGGCCAAGUUGCCCCCAUGUGGGCUGGAGUGUACACUCGAAAAGUUACCACUAUCGGCGUGUAAGGUUGCGACAAACGAUACUUGCAUAUGCAGUGAUUACGACCUGCGGAUGAGCGUGCAAACAUGUCUCCUCCAGCGGUGCAAGAAGCUGGAAGCCAUAGAAGUUGCAAGGAUAGAAGCUGAAGCAUGCCAACGUCCGGUUCGUGAGCGAAAGGUGGACAUCAUGGUACCACUCAUCCUUCAGAUUACCGGGAUACUUGUGGUCCCGUUACGGUUAUACGCGAGGUGGACGACGAUGCAUCGAUUCGAGGCCGACGACUGGAUCAUGAUGUUUUGCGGCGCUAUGUUUGUCGUUUUUGUCGUCCUCGGACAGCUUGCCGGUCACGUUGCCUUUGGAGAAGACGUCUGGAUGGUCGAGCCAGAUGAACUCACCUUAGGAUUAAAGCUCUUCUUCAUCGACGAAAGCAUGUACCUCGCCUGCCUAGGCCUAACCAAGAUCUCAGUACUCUUCUUCUACCUCAGGAUCUUUCCGAACAAGUCCUUCCGAUGGGCAACGUACGCGACCAUGACAUUCAUCAUAAUAUCGACCACGGUGAUUCUCUUCAUGCAGAUCUUCCAGUGCAUCCCCUUGGAUUUCAACUGGGUUGGCUGGAAAGGAGACUACGGUCCGCACCACUGUCUGAACAUCAACACACUAGUUUUUGUGGCUGCCGGGCUGAGCAUCAGCCACGACCUCAUUAUUCUCGCCUUGCCUCUCCCGCUGCUGUGGCACCUCAACACUUCGAAGCGCUCCAAGAUAGGCAUCCUGUUCAUGUUCAGUCUCGGCAUCUUCGUCCUCAUCACCUCAUGCAUCCGGCUCCGCUACAUCGUCUCGUUUACGCAAUCACUCAACCCGACGUGGGACUUCACGGACCCCCUCAUCUGGUCCGGUCUCGAGGCUUCCGUCUCCAUGAUUGUCGUGUGUCUCCCCGCGCUCCGGAUUUUGCUGAAGCGCGGCUGGCCCAAGCUGUUCAGCACAAUUGGCACCGCGGGGCCCCACUCAGCGCCAAAGAAAAGUUCCAACACGUCAUCUCGGAAGGCGUACGCCAUGAAGGCGGCCGAAGAUGGCGAUGGAGACGGAGAAGGAAACUACAACGCGAUGAACGAAAGGGACGAAGAGAUCGCCGACGCAGAGUACGCCGCGAGCGAAGCGAGGGCCGCGAGGAGGAUGGCUGAGAAGAGGAGCAAGUUCUUCUCGUUUCGGUCGACGACCGUGGAACCGAACGAGAGCGAGAUCGAGCUGGAGUUGGGCGACAAGAUGCGGGGCGAGGUCAGGACGCAGAUCCGGUGCCAUGAUGGGGAGUCUGCUUCGAGGGGGAGCUCUAUCGAAUCUGGGAUUCAUGUGAGGACGACGACAACUAUCCACGACGCAAAUGGGAAGACAUUCUGA